GAACUACUCUCACUUGCCAAACUUCUUAAGAACACGUUGAGUGAGGAAAAGUGUGGCGCGUUCUUUGUUAAAGGGGCAGACGUGAAGGGGGACUCUGCUGCUUCUUCGCAGCUGUCGAUCAGACGUAGCUGAGGUCUCUGUUUCCGUCUCCUCCCAGCUACUGACAUCCGUCCGUCCACAGAGGAAAAGGCUAAACGGAGCAGGCCGGAGGAAGUGGCCUCGACCGGAUUUGCUGUGUUUGGGUCGUGGAAGGUCUUCUGCAGCGAGUUUGAGGCGGAAAGGCUGCAGGUGGUGCUACCGAGGCCGCCGUGGGACAAGAAGCAUCGACGGUGUUAAAAAUGCUGGGAAAAGGGCAUGGCGGUGGCGCAUAUGUCCCUGAGAUGAACGAAGCACUGCAGAGCAUAAUAGCACCUCCGUUGGACAACACAGAGAAGAAGGGCCUUCCGGUGGGUGCCCAGCUGCCAGGCAAUGUGCAAGCUGGACCUCAGCUGCCGAACCAGCUCUUCCUGACUCCAGCAAGCCUUCAGCUCGCUCAGCUCCAGGCCCAGCUCACCCUCCAUCGCCUCAAACUGGCUCAGGGAGGAAACACGGCCAACGCCGCCAGCAUUCUCAACCAGUUGAUUUCCAAUGUCAACAUGUCUCAGCCCCUGUUGAAUCAAUUAAGGAGUUCGUCUUUGGUCGGGAAUCCACAGGGGGCCUUCCCCACUGGGGUGAUUGGUUUCCCCUCCUCAAAUUCAGCCGUUGGGUCGUUGGUGGGUGGGGCAUUCAACCAAAACUCAGGGAAUGUGCGACUGGAUCAUCCUUGUGGAGGGGGUGGGAAGAGUCAACAAGGUGGGGAGUACGGAAAAAAUCCUGGAUCAGCUUACUCUUCUGACACCGACAGACGUCUUCAGUACAGCUUAUCUGGAGGAACAUCUGCUGACGGACAAUACGCUGGGAUUAAAUCUCAGGCCAAGAACAUGACCAAUGUUGGCUUUCACAGAGAUUUCUACGGGCAUGAAUUGCAGGGACAACCAGUUGGGUUUAGUUCCAAUGAGCAAAUGAACUCCACCGCACAUAAGGAGCAAUGGAAAGGCCAUAAUAACUUAAACCAAACUGGAAAGGUGAACAUGGCUUCAAACCCUCCCACAGCAUGGCCUUCAGCUGGGCAGCCCAUUUGGAACAGAACAGAACUGUACAACCCAGAAGAGCCGACCCCCGAGCCCAAGCUGAACUGUAGCGGGGUUUCCUCUUUCGGCACGCAGGGCUUCGGAAGCUACCAGACCCUGCAUGGGGGCGAGGAAACCCUGCCGUCAGGUACUAGGACACUCCAGACCAAUCAAGUCAAUGACUUUUAUGGCAUCACACCUUCCCAGCUGCCACAUCAGUGCAGCAUCUGUGAAAAAAAGGUCUACAACCUCAAGGACUGGGACCAGCAUGUGAAGGGGAAACUGCAUCUGCAGAAUCGAACUUUGUACGCCACCGACAGCUCAGCGGCAGCGGCAUCGGCCGGAGCCCCUCAGUACGCCGUCGGCAGGCCGUGUGAUGGAGGUCUGAACCCAGGAGGGACGAACCCCACGGUCUGCUCCACCGCAAGUCAAGAUGUGUCGUCAGGAACCAAAGCAUCAUACCUGCCAGCAGGAGCCAUGACGACGUAUCCCACAGCAGACGCAGCGUUUACCCUCCACCAGCCGGAGUCAAAGCCGUUUCCACCCAGGAAGGCCUCGGCCGGCCGCGUCGUUCACAUCUGCAACCUGCCCGAGGGCAGCUGCACGGAGAAUGACGUCAUCAACCUGGGAAUACCGUUCGGGAAGGUCACCAACUACAUCCUGAUGCGCUCAACCCAUCAGGCCUUUCUGGAGAUGGCGUAUGUUGAGGCAGCUCAGGCCAUGGUUCAAUACUACCAACUGACUCCAGCCACAAUUAAUGGUCAGAAACUCCUCAUACGGAUGUCUAAGAGGUACAAGGAGCUGCAGCUCAAGAAACCCGGUAAAGAUGUUCAGUCAAUCAUCCAGGAUAUUACCUCACAGCGGGAACGGGAUAAAAUGCAAGAACUUGAACACUACCUUCCAGACAGAGCACGGUCUCGCAGCCCCAUCAGCCGCUCUCUGAGUCCUCAUUCCCACAGUCCCAGUUUUACGUCGUGCAGCUCUGCCCACAGCCCGCCGGCGGCCCCGUGCCGGGGUCAGGACAGGGGCAGCAACGGCCUGAGCCCUCACCGGGGCUCCAGAGACUGGCCGUCGCACCUGAGACGAGGGGAGGACGAGAGGGAGCGGGACGAUCCCUGGAGGAACGGCGGCGGCGGCAUGGACGACAAUCGACCCAACGGGAGGACGGCCGACCGACGGAAGAGCUACCACAAACACUUGGGUCACUUGAGGUCUGCAGACGAACGCGGAAGCGGCGAAACGACAACAACGAGGAGCAGCAGAGACUGGCACCCACGGGACAGCCCUCUGAGCUCGUCUUUCAACUCUUACAGGAGCAUGGACGAAGAUUUCAACAGGGCAUCUCACUAUCGGCAUGACGCAAAGCCGAGGAGGAGGGACGGCGACCACCCCGUUCGGUCAAGACACUCUGAGUUUGAGACAACGAACGAGCCGCGGUGUCGAACGCCGGAGGACAGGAGGCGGAGCAAAAACCCGAGCAGGAGAAACACCGAGAAACAGGAGAGAGAAACUGCUCCCGAAAAUACUGAUGCCACAUCCAAAGAAAAAUCUGUUUUGCCACAACAAAGCAACAAGUCAAAAGAGGCGGCUGAAAAUGACAAAGACAGAGAAACUGAGAAUGUGCUGGAAAGUGCCGAAGACACGGAUGAAGAAUGUUGGUAUCCUAAAAACAUGGAGGAGCUGGUCACGGUGGAUGAAGUGGGAGGGGAGGACGACUGCAUCCUUGAGCCAGAUCUCUCUGAGCUCGAGGAGUUUACUUCCUGUCACAAAGAGCCGACAGCAGAACGAUCACAGCAGAAGCACACGUCUCCAUCGGCUCCAGCAGUGGAGGAGCACAAAGAGUCCGACGAGAAACCUGAACGGGAGGACUCCUUUGAGGAGACGAGGGGCGAGGCAUCAGCAUCCGAAGCUGAGAAAGCAGAGGAUCAAAUCGCUGCACCAAGUACUGAAACCGAGAAAGUGAAUUUAGAAACUACAGAGCAAAAAGUGGCAGACAUCAGUGGCUUCCCGAGUGAGGAGUUUAAAGCAGCGCUAGAGGAGACGUGCUUGGAGAGCGCCAAGCUUCCCAACAACACGACGCCGGACGAGCCAAUGGAAAAUCAUAUCUGUUUGCCAGAGGACAGCAGAAGCCAGGAAGAAAGGCAGACUCCAGAUAAAAUCCAUCUGGAAGUUCAGCUGAAGGAUGGCAGUCUGAAAAGAGAGAUUGAAGCCCCCUCAUCAUCUCUAGAGCAAGACAAAGCUGUCAGUGAACACAGCAUUCCUUUGGGAGUGGAGUUCAUUGAGCCAAGAACAGGCUUCUACUGCAAACUGUGUGGAUUGUUCUACAGCAGCGAGGACACUGCAAAAACGACUCACUGCCGCAGCACCGUACACUACAGAAACCUGCAGAAAUACCUGUCCCAGCUGGCAGAGAACGGCCUGUCGUGCGCGCUGGAUGAGCCCUCCGUGGCUCACUGACACCAGCUUGACCCUUGACCCGCAACAGUACACAGCAGGGGGAAGAUCUGUGAACAUGUGGAGUUUGUGUAGAGCUAAAGAAAGAGGGGGAGAGAAAAAAAACAUGGAUAAUGUGACAAACAGAAGCUUGAAUUUAUUUUUUGGACUGUUAUGGUAGUUUUUAUUUUCUGUUUAAAUUAUACUAAAAUAUCUUGAAUUCUUCAAUUUUGUACAUACUCGAAGUGAAUUGUAAAGUAGGUUUACACUGUGGACUGCUUUUAAUGAACUACUGUCUUCCCAGAGUGCUUAUGCAAGUUUUUCUGGGGAAAAACCCCCCCCAAAACAAAAAAACAAACAAACAAUAUAUAUAUUUAUUUAUUUUUGUUUUGCUGCAAAAUGUUCAUCAGGAAAUAUACUAUUUUCUGUUUUAAGUUAAAUCUAAUUAUUAUUAUUAUUAUUAUUAUUAUUAUAAAUAAAUAAAACAGUUAUUUAAGGCUUUAGGCAGAUAUUCUGGUAGCGGUCAUUUAAAACGUCCGUGACACGGAGCUCAUGACCCGGGUUUGGAUCAGGACGUCCUUAGAGUGACCUCUAAGCCAGAAGCAGGUUUGCAGUUAAUGUCCAUAUUUGGUGUGUUGGCUUUGUUUCUUCGUUCUAAAUGCCACUUUUGUCCAAAUCAAAUUGUUUCUCAAGGUUGUUUGCAUUUUCUCCAUUCAUUUGUGUUACAGCCUGAGCUCUCAGGGGCAAAAUGUUUUUUUUUUCUCCUUUCUCUCAGUUAAAAGAACAGUAGAACACGUUCUCAGGCUUGUUAUACUUACCAAAACCAGUUUGUUGUAUAAAUAACAUUUAUAUAUUUACGUCUACAGCUGGAAUUGAAUGUGGCUGACUGCAAAUCUUUCAGGUAAACUCACAUCACUAUAGUUUCCAAUGAUGAAAUUAUGGAAAUGUUUUAUGUUUCAAUACAUUUUUGCUAACGUCUUUGCUUCCUUAGACAAUCCCAGGCUAAUGUGCCAUAUUAUAUGUCUACAGCAGCACAAACAUUAAACUUGACCAUGCAUUUUUUUUUAUGUUGAUGUUCUGUAACAGGAGUAUCAAGCCAGAAUCUGUUAUUCUCUGGAUGUGGAUCUUGUGAAAUCGGUAAUAGUAUUGUUUACAGGGACUGUUUCCACACAUUGGUGAUGCAAAAGGAAAACAUUGCAAAUGUCUAAAACUAUGUCAACCAUUAUAAAAUGCAAACAAUCUAAUAAAUCCCAUCACAUGGC